AUGAAGUUAGCGAGAGUGUAGACUCGUUCCCUUAGAGAACUCUGUGUCCGUAAAACCAUCCUCUUGCAUUCUAAAGAGAUUACAUGAAGACGCAGUUGCGGCAGAGCAAGCGAGAGUGAUGGCCGACUCGGAGCGGGCUGACCCCGAGAUGGCUCGUUUCGUCGAGGGCGAGAUGCAGAAGCAGCGCUUUCAGCACAUCGUCAUCCAGCUUGCCGAGCAGUGUUGGGACGUCUGCGCCGUGCAGGCGACGGCCCGACUCGACCACCGCGCCGAGACGUGUCUCGCGAACUGCGUCGAGCGAUUCAUAGACGUUAGCAACUUUGUCGCGGGUCGGCUGGAGCGGUCGGUGGCCUCCGCGCACACACAGCCAGACUACCACUGACAGCUGCGCGUCCGCCUGCUCCAGCGCCAGGCAGACGCGGGGUUGUACGGAGCGCGCGACACACCGUUCUCACCGGCGCUUAUUUUGAUUGGUUAGAACGUAUGCGGCAUGUAUAGGGAAAGGAUUCCGGAAGUGUGUGUGUGUGAUGGAUGGGGAAUAGUUGUACUUCCGUGCAGGGCUUUUGUAAAAAUUACGGUUGCAAUGUUACGCCGAGUGUUGCCUCAUUGUUAGGACAAGGACAAUAGGACAAAAUGCAUUGAAGUUAUCUUGUUCCCACAUAUAUAUAUAUAAACAAUGUGGAAUGUGCCUAGGUAAUACUACCAGGGCUGCCAACAUUGGGUGAUAGGUGAGAGUGAGAUGCGAGGGAGCGAAGCGACCGAGGGGUGAAGG